UUAAGGACCCAGAGUGGCCGGAAGGGACUUCAUUCCGUGUGGGAAAGUAAACUUACCAAAGGGUUUUUUGUUUUUCCCAGAAGUCAUUUCUUAACUAUUGUCUAGAAUCAGAAGGCAUUUCCCUACUGAAACAUACAUGGCUGAGGUCAGGUUAGAAGGCAGGGAGGGCUAAUUUCAGGGCAGACCCAUGGUCGGGUUUAUGCGUUUUCUAAAUGCCAAUCUGCCUGAGAGGCUUAGAAUAGUUUUAAAGGAACCCUGGUAGACGCGGAGCAGCCCUGUUGCUCAUUUUACAGGGAGAGUGUUGAUGCUCCAGAGGCUGCUCAGCAAAUGAGAACCUGGGCUUUUGAUCCACACCCUCACCCCCAACCCCGGUCUACCUUGGGAUAGGUUUAUUCUAUACUCAGGGGACCCGUGGGGCCUCAUCUGGAAGUACUGGAGGCUUUGGGGAAGUCAGGAUGGUCUUCUGGGAUUUAGUGUUGCUAGGAUCCUGUGUCAGCAUCUUUAACUCCUUUUUAUCCCAUCUCACUUGGCGAUUGCUUGGAGGUUAGAAGAGGACUGCCGUCCCACAGGGGCUGAGAAUGCUGUGGGCCCAGGCUAGGCGACAGACAGUGAGGCGCAGGCUGCAUGUCAGGGCUUCACCAGCCCCGUGGAAGAACCUGAGCCCCUUAGGGCUGGAACUCUGCUAGCUCACCCCUGCCUCCCUGUUCCUACUGGUGCAUUGUAGGUGUCGAAUAUCAUGGAAGUGCAAGAGGUAGGACCCCACCCAUCUUCUCCCUGCUGUGGCAUCCUAGGGCUGUAUCUUGUCACGGAACACUUACUUGGGCUGGAUCCAGAUGAGGACGACAGGUGCUUUGGGCUGUGUCUGCACGCCACUGUGUCCUGUUUCAGGCUUCCUUGGCCCAGCGCCUGUCUCUUCACAAGGCCCACAGGCUCUCUUCCUGUUCUGAACACUGCUUUAGAAACUAAGUUCUCAGUGGGCAGAAGUAGCUGGGGUUGUAUCCUUGUUCAGUAGCCCAGAGUGAGGUGACUGAGCCUACUGAGGCAAACUCACCAUUGGGUGUGUGCUGCGUUGGGGCGUGACCUACGCAGAUGCUGGUCAGGUUCCUGAAUUCCACAUCUUUUCUUUGGUUGAAUAGUGUUCCCCAUCAGACCAUCCCCAUGGUCUAAAAAAUGUUAAGCUGGUUCCUUGCAUCCCAUGUUGACCGAGUGCUUGGUGGGGCAUGGGGGUAGGGUGCUGACCCCACAGGCUGGGCUCUGCUGUCUAGUGGGGUAGAAAGAUAUGCCACAAGUCACCCCACAGGCUCUUCAUCCCAGCUGAGGAAGCCUGCUUGCUCCUCCCGGGGUGGCCCUUGCCCACUGGGUCCUGUUUGCUAGUCUCCAUCAGGGGAUUUUGUAUGUCAGGGUGUGUCUGCCUGGAGGAGAUGAGGUAGGUGGGAAUGGGGGCAGCCUGUGUCUUCAGGAUGGGGUAUGAGAAGGAGCAAGGACUUAGAUGCCUUCUGUCAUUUCGAGGGCUAGAAAAGGUGGCUGGAGGUGGCUUUCUGCUGGGUCCACAGAAGCUGGCCCUCCGUGAGGUCAGCAGCACCUGGAGGCCCCGGGCCUGCCCAGAGGCCCGGAUGGGAUGGGAACAAGGGCAUGUUUGUCAGGGGGAGUGGUGAGGGAGGCAACAGCCCAGGGAGCCCGGCCAUCACUGCGGACUGAGGUCCCCAGCCCCAGGAGGCGUCACCGGGAAGUCCCGUGACCAGAGGGCUGGUACCCUCUUCCCGCAGCUCUCCCCCGGCUUCUCUGAGCCUGGCCCCUCCUCUUAAAGGGGCCCUGUGUACGGCGGCUGGGCCUGGCUGCCGCCCUGGGAGGGCAGAGUGCGGCUUCCAGCGGCCGGUGUCUCCUCCUGCCCCCGCCCCUGGGCGGUCUGAGUGGCUGGAGCCCGAGCCCCGCCCUCCUGCCCGCCCACCCGGAGGCUUCCGCCGAGCGAGAGAGCGAGCGAGCGGGGGCCUCCCAAGGAGUCGAGUCGGCUACCCGGCUGCCGGCCGGGCGGAAGCAGAGCGGACCUGACCACCUGCCAGUGGCCCUGGCCUGUAACCUACGCCCUGUGAGCCGCCGGACCGAACCAAGCCAGGGAAGCGGCCCACCAGCCACCAGGCGGCCUGGCAGAGGCAGAGCCCGUGGAGCAGUGACAGCGCAGGAGCGCCUCUGGCUGGGGGGAAGGGAGGAAGGAGGAGGAACAAAGGCGAGUGUGCCUGGCGCCGCCCUCCCUGCGCCGCCUACCAUGUGUCAGUCAGAGGCGCGGCGAGGACCUGAGCUCCGCGCAGCGAAAUGGUUGCACUUCCCCCAGCUGGCGCUGAGGCGGAGGCUGGGACAGUUGAGCUGCAUGUCCAGACCCACACUGAAACUGCGCUCCUGGCCCCUGACGGUCCUCUACUACCUCCUGCCCUUCGGUGCCCUCAGACCGCUCAGCCGGGUGGGAUGGAGGCCCGUGAGCAGGGUGGCCCUGUACAAGUCAGUGCCGACGCGCUUGCUGUCGCGGGCCUGGGGCCGCCUCAACCAGGUGGAGCUGCCGCACUGGCUGCGCAGGCCCGUCUACAGCCUGUACAUCUGGACCUUCGGGGUGAACAUGAAGGAGGCCGCCGUGGAGGACCUGCACCACUACCGCAACCUCAGCGAGUUCUUCCGGCGCAAGCUGAAGCCGCAGGCCCGGCCUGUGUGUGGCCUGCACAGCGUGAUCAGCCCGUCGGACGGGAAGAUCCUCAACUUUGGGCAGGUCAAGAACUGUGAAGUGGAGCAGGUCAAGGGGGUCACCUACUCACUGGAGUCAUUCCUGGGCCCGCGCACCUCCACGGAGGACCUGCCUUUCCCACCAGCCACCUCCUGUAGCUCCUUCAGGAGCCAGCUGGUCACCCGGGAAGGGAACGAGCUGUACCACUGCGUCAUCUACCUGGCUCCCGGGGAUUACCACUGCUUCCACUCUCCUACUGACUGGACCGUUUCCCACCGGCGCCACUUCCCAGGCUCUCUGAUGUCUGUGAACCCUGGCAUGGCCCGCUGGAUCAAAGAGCUCUUCUGCCACAAUGAGCGAGUGGUCCUGACUGGGGACUGGAAACAUGGCUUCUUCUCGCUGACGGCCGUGGGGGCCACCAAUGUGGGCUCCAUCCGCAUCUACUUCGACAGGGACCUGCACACAAACAGCCCGAGGUACAGCAAGGGCUCCUACAACGACUUCAGCUUCGUGACACACGCCAACAAGGAGGGCAUCCCCAUGCGCAAGGGCGAGCACCUGGGCGAGUUCAACCUGGGCUCCACCAUCGUGCUCAUCUUUGAGGCCCCCAAGGACUUCAACUUCAAGCUGAAGGCGGGACAGAAAAUCCGAUUCGGGGAGGCUCUGGGCUCCCUCUAGAGCCUCCUUCCUGGCUGUGGCUGCUGAGGAAUCUUUUCCAAACAGAAAUGUGAGGGUCUUUUUGAGGGAAAUCUCUGCGGCUGUCCUGGGGAGGGGACUACCUUGGGGCCAUGGGGUCUGACAGUGGGUGACUUCUGUCUCUGCUGUCCCAAGUGCAGACGACAAAGUCAGAGCCCGUCCUGCCCUAGACCAACGACGUCCCUUCCCACCUUAGAGAGAAAGAAAGUGCAGGCUGGGAUGAUUUUAGAUUCCCUUUUGGAGAUUUUUUAACGUACUGUAUAAACAUCUCCUGGCUGAGUGUUCAGUUGGUCUUGAUUUCCAUUUUAAGACGAUAAGUGAUAAAUGUACCUUUUUGCUGCUCGUCCCAUCACUGCUUUUUGGCCUUCUCCCUCUGCCUCCCCUGCACUGGGUGAGGUGCCUCCGGCACUGACUGGGUCUGCGCUGCCCCCUCAGAGCAGGGCCAUGCGGCCUUCAAUGUGACAGCUUUCUGUCCCAAGUUUGCCCCACCCUGCUCGUUGGGAAAACUGUCUUUCCUCUUUGCACUUGUGGCUAAAUGCAUCACCCCUGGCUCUGCCAGCAUCUUCUGCGGAUGGUGACAAUGGCAUGGCACUUUGCAGGCCCCAGUGAAUGACCUUCCAGAGCUGGCAAGUCAAGUCCGCUUCCUAGGGGGCAAGACCAAUUGCUGCACCCACCUGAAUGGUGUCCAAAAAGUGAAUGGGGCCGGGGAGAGCUUGUGUCCCCUCCCACGUCCAGACGCACAGAGACUACGGGAAAGUUGCUGCUAUUGAUUCAGGAGCUUGCGGUGGAAGCAGAGGAGCCUUGGUGUGUUUGGGGGAAGGGGUCAGU